AUGCUCAGCAUCUCCUGCUUAAGUGCUCAGCAAAAAACUGCACCGAUUAAUUACCCAAAUACCUCUUUCUUACCUCCACAGAGGGAUUUCUAUCAAGCUGUGAAGACCGGCUACACCAUUGGGCACAGCUUAUCCCUCGGUGCUCUGAUGACUGCUAUUAUUAUCCUUUGCAUUUUCAGGAAGUUGCACUGUACACGGAAUUACAUCCACAUGAAUUUAUUUAUGUCCUUCAUCCUGAGGGCCAUCGCUGUCUUUAUCAAAGACCUUGUCUUGUUUGAAACUGGCGAAUCAGAUCAUUGCUUUACACCCUCGAAUGGUUGCAAAGCAGCAGUGGUGUUCUUUCAUUACUGCAUCAUGGCAAAUUUCUUCUGGCUCCUGGUGGAAGGUCUCUACUUGCACACGUUACUGAUUAUUUCGUUCUUCUCAGAGAGAAAGUACUUCUGGUGGUACAUACUUAUCGGCUGGGGUAAGGCUAGUACAUGA